CACGAUUGUUUUCGUUUGUAUGUGUUUAUUCAAUAGGUCGGUUUCCGCAUGAGAAUCAAACAUAGAAUCAAGCAUUCACCAUUCACUGAAUGCAGAUAUCGUACUGCAUACAUAUCAACUUACGCAGCCUUUGUCUUUUUGACCAUAGCUUUUGUCACGCCAUAUUGGUUACAAUCAUGGCCUAGACUUCAUACACCUUUUGUCCGCUUGGGACUGUGGGAAUUUUGUGUCAAUGGUUUUGUGCAACGUCUAGAUCCCAAUAUGGUUUCUUACUACGGUUGCUGGUGGAUUCUUUCUCCAUAUAUGCGAAAAAUAUUCACGGAUUUGGUUCCAUUUUGGUUUUUGAUCAUCCAAGUUAUGGUGACAGUAUCUCUAUGUCUACAAAUAGUGGCAGUGGUCACUCUUAUUGCCUACAUGUGCAAAAGGAUAAGACAUGUAGAACGUCAGUCGUUCUUUAUCUCGCUCAUUACGUUCUGUCAUUCUUGCUCAACAAUUUUAAUAUUUAUAUCAGUGGUUAUUUUCGGUGUAAAUUAUCAAACCGAAACUUGGAUGCCUUAUCCUACAUUGAAUUGGCCAUCAUGGUCAUAUGGAUUUGCAAUUCUUUCUGGCUUCUCUUCAUUACUAUCAGCUAUAUCAUUUGGUCUGUUCAAUAAAGAAUUACGUCGAGAUAUUCAAACACUAGUAUUAGAAUUUCCAAUGAGUACCAAAAUUAAAACACGACGUCGAUGGAAAUUAAUAAAACGUCAUUGGCCAGAAGAAGCUUUACCAGUUAAACCGACAGAUGAAGCAAAAUCCACAUUUCUAUCAGGACAAAAUUAUCAAUCACGUUCUGAUUUGGAAGUACCAGUAGGAUCUAUGGAAAGAUUCAGUGAAGAAUAUAGUUUCAGUGAAAGUAGUGGAAAUAAUUUAGUUCGUGAUAAUCGAAAGAUUAAAAAUUAUCAUGAUAGUAAUCGACAAGACUCUGAAAUUUAAAGAGUAUAUACUUUAUUAAUUGUAAAAAAAGGUUUACUUUAAUUUCUUUAUAAUUUAGUAUAUUUUUUUAAAACAAUAAUAUAUCUCUAUUGAAACCCUGA